ACAGAAAAGCGGAGUUGAUAAUAGAGCUUCCACUACGCUUUAAUUCAUUUCAAUUCGAAUUUAUUGGAGUAACGGUUAUGCGUCCUUGGAUUGAUUAACGUCGCUGAUAUAUUAAAUUCCGCUUAAUAAUCGAACUUUCGUCGCAGAGAGUGCACAAUAUGAUGAACUGUGAACACUUGUUCUGCCUGCCUGAUUCUGUAAUACAGUCUCAAACCCAAGAGGAGAAGGAGCUCGCUGGAUAGAAGGAGAUAAUACUUCAUUACAAAAUAACCAUUUUGAUUUUCCUUACAGCGAUUGCUGUAGAUAGACAGUCUGAAUAUCUGUUAUACAUUUGAAUAGUCCCUUCUUUCCAUACAACGUGCCAACACAAAAGGAACAAUGCCUUUAGAAGAUUAUAAAGAGAUCGUGGGGACGAGUGCAAUGGUCACGACUAUAGGACAAAUGUUUGCUGGAACGAUAAUAUGCAAGGACAUUUAUCAUAAAGGGAAUUCGGAAGGUUUUGAUCCAAUGCCCUUUAUUGGCGGCACAGGGAUGUGCAUUUUGAUGCUGCAGUAUGCUUUGAUCCUUGGGGACCAAAACAUGAUCAAUGUUAAUAUUUGUGGUUUACUGUUGAAUUUACUGUAUGUCAUUUUUUAUUAUUUAUAUUCACCGAAUAAGAGCAAUGUACACUUAAAAAUAGCCAAAGCUGUGGCAUUCCUUGCCAUUAUCCUAGGUUAUAUGCAAAUAGAAAGCUCGGAGAACCUUGAAUUUCGGUGUGGGAUUAUAAUUACGGUUUUGAUGCUACUUUUACUCGGAGCACCCCUUUUUAAUCUCGGAGAGAUUAUAAAAACUAAAAGCACAGAAAGUCUUCCAUUUCCACUUAUUCUCAUGGCGACUCUAGUGACUUUUCAGUGGCUGCUAUAUGGCAUUAUAAUUGACAACGUUUUUGUAAUCUUUCAGAAUGCAGUUGGAUUUGUACUCUCUGCGGCUCAGUUGUCGCUUUUCGCAAUAUAUCCUUCCAAACCAGUGGAGCAGGAAAAAUUAAAGAAGAAGUGACGGAAGUAAUUACACAAUUUCAUAUACUUACACAAGACUUACGCAUGGUUAAGUAUGUAAUUAUGUUACAAAAUAAAUAACAAUCGAUUUUUGUUAUAAA